AUGACUUCUUCCGGCCGAAAAAGGGGAAUCGCUCCUGGGAAUCCAAUUGAUGGCAUAAUAUACGGCACACGGAUCCGCGACGUUAUUUCACCAUUGCGCAGCCCACCUACCCAUCGAACCGGCCGGGUUGACCGGGUGAAUUCGCCAACGUACCCUUCGAGAGACUUCCCAUCUCGGCCAACGCCCUUCCCGAACAUAAAUGCCACAACGAUACACCUACCUCAAUGUUCCCAAAGCUCGCAAGAGGUCUCCUACAUUGACUGGGACGAUGACGACGACGACGGCACCGACAGACGUGGCAAAUCCGCCUUUGAACGCAUCAAGAAGAGCUUCACAGAUCUCCGUGCCGCCGAACGUUAUAUCACAGAAGUGGGACACAGGACGCAGGCGACGGGUACACCACCGGAGAGUCCUACGUCUGGUUUCGGGCCCAGAUUAUCCGACACCGGCAGUGGCUUUGGUCGGUCACCGGUAGCUACCUCGGACCAUGAGGGCACCAACUCUCCACCUCCUGUUAAGCUCUGGACCAAGGCCAGCACCAAGAACAUCUCAACGUCAGCACGAUGCUCGAAUACGGUUCCCUCGAGGCCGCCUUCAACACGGAAGAGGAAGCGCACCAACACGAUGAGCUCCCGGCGGUCUCGAGGUAUGCAAAACAAGGCCAAGGAUGGAAUCGUUGGAAAACUCGUCUGGAGCCUUAUCGGCGCGAGGAGAGAGCAGUGA